AUGAGAUUGAAGAGCAAAAGAAUCAAAUAUGGAGAAAAAGAGUUGGUAAGAACAGUCCAAGCAAAGUACCUCAAGUCUAGUCCAAUUCAAAUAGACAGCACUGUUCUGAAGGCACCUGGAAAGCAAAAACAAAAAGGAAAAAGAAAGUCAAUGAAUAUUGUUUCAAUAAAUGAAAGCCCAAUCCAAGAAGAUAUCAGUGUUGUGAAGUAUCCUGGAAAAAGAAAACAAAAAGAAAUUGAUAAGGAUGUAAAAAGUUCAAUUGCAAAAACUUUCAAAAAGAAAAAGAAGUUUGUCAAGAAAGACAAAGAACCAAUAGAUCCAGAAAAUCCAACAUCAUUGAGAACAAGAAUGUGGCCUAAAAUGCUUUUUGAUGUAGUCAAAUCAAUUAAUAAACAACAAAGGAAGGCAGUCAGAGAAAUGCGAUUAGGAUCUUUAUUAACAAUGGCAAGUAAUGGAAUUCCAGGAAAACUUUCACGAUAUGUUGUUAACUGCUUUGAUCCAGAUAAAAUGAAGAUCAAUCUACCAGUUGGAUCAAUAGAUAUCACAUCAAAUCUGAUUCACAAUUUACUUGGAAUCCCAACAGGUGGAAGAAAAAUCAAUGAAUUUGAUUUAAAUGAAAAAACUGAGACUGGAACUUGCAAGAACAUACUUUUGCCACAUUUGUAUGAAGCUUUGCCAUUAAAAGAUGUAGAUUGGUGUGAACAUAUAAUCGAUUGCUUAAAGGUUUGCAAACUUCAUUGGGAUGAAAAAGAUAAAACCGAUAACUUCUGUGGACCACUACUUGUAUUACUGUUAGCUUAUUUAGAUUUCAUGAAAAACUUGAAGAAAGAUUCAAUCAAAAGAUUAGAACAUCCAAUACAUUACUGGGAUAUUGAUAAAAUGUCAAAAAGAGAAAGAGCAGAAAUUCUCAGCGGAUCUUUUGGAAAUGUAGAUGUUGAUGAGAAGAUUCCUAAUUUUAAUGAAGAUUCUGAUUCUGAUGAUGAAGAUGAUAUGAGCAUUGAGGAACUGAAAUGUAAAUUAAUAAAGAAGUAUAUGAAUUUGGUUGAAAUGAAAAAGAACAUUUCAGAAUUGUUAAGUUUUUCUGUUUCAAAAUUCAAAGAAAGCAAUGAGCUGCUUGAAAUUAAAAAUAAAAUUGAAGAAGAACUAGCCAAUUCAAAAAAAGCACAACAUGAAGAGCGGUGUAAUCAAACAAGUGAAAAAGAAGGACAACAUGAAAUCGAUGUAGAGCACGAAGUUCAAAAAGAAAAAGGAGCUGAAGAAUUGGAUGAAGUUGAAAAGGUAUUUGAGGUGAAGAAAGGUAUUGUGGUUCUUAGAGGGAUGAUUGAAACUUUGCAGCCAAAGUUGAAUAUUCAUCAAAAUGUAAUUGAUGCAUGGAUUGAGGUUUUAAACUUUGAAGAAAAAAGUUCUCCAAAAAAACAAAUGCAAAGAUACUUCUUUGAUACAACAAUAAUGACUUCAAGCAUGUAUGAUAGAAAAAGACCUUUAAUUGAAAGAUUUGAAGAAUUUGAAAGAAAAAUAAAAGAAGCAAUGAAAUAUCAGAAAGAACUAAUCACAUUUGAAGAGUUUGAUUUGGUAUUUUUCCCUAUUGUAUGUGAUGAACACUACUGCCUCAUAUGUGUUGAUUUAAAAGAAAAACAAAUUGAUGUCAUGGACAACAAUUUGACAACAUCAAAGAUACAAACUUCUUUUGGUGAUGCAGCUCGUGAAUUGAAAUUACUCUUCAAUAGAUACCAAUUGAAUGUAAAUCACAAAUCAGCCUUACAAAUACAAAAUGUUGAGGCAGAAAAAUUGAGAAUGAAUUGGAGGAGUAGGAACAAUGACGUUAAUUGUGGUGUUUUUCUCAUGAGACAUAUGGAAGUCUACAUGGGUGAUCGUACAGGGAAUUGGAAUUGUGGAAUUCAUAAAAAAUCAUCAAAAAACUAUAACAAUCAAUUGGAUGACAUGAGAGUGAAAUAUCUUACAAAGAUUUUUGUUGUGUGA